AAUUAUAGUUAAUUUUGUAAAACAAAAAUCGUCAUACUAACAUGUGUCUCCUCUCUCUAUAUAAACCAAACCAAGCCAUGCAUCUUUCUUACAACUCCAAAAGCCUCGGAGCCUGAAAAUUAGAUAAGUAUAGAAAUAUGCCGGCGAACAACACACCGUUCCUCACCGUCUUCCUCCUUUUCCUCGGUUUACUCCGGUUCGAUUCAAUUCCCGGUUUAGAAGCAGCAACAUUGGCUUCGGUUCCGGGAGUAUACGUGUUCGGAGAUUCGUUGGUUGACGCCGGAAACAAUAAUUACUUACCACUUUCCUUAAGAAAAGCUACUUACCCACCCAACGGCAUCGAUUUUCCUGGCCAAAUACCUACCGGAAGAUUCUGUAACGGCAAAAACGCCGCCGAUAUUAUCGCUGAGAAUUUUGGUUUCCCGUUACCGCCGCCGUAUCUCUCACUAUACUUACUAAUAAAGAACGAGAGAGAGGCCGCCGCCGUGACAGGUAUUAAUUUUGCUUCAGCCGGUGCCGGAAUCUUUAAUAGCGAUGAUCAAACUACUGGACAGGCGAUUCCUUUAUCACAGCAACUGAACAAUUGGCUCUCUAUUCAUGAAGAACUCACGAAAAAGCUUGGACCAUCCGAAGCAAAAGUUCACAUAUCAAAAUCUCUAUUCGUUAUAGUCAUAGGCAGCAAUGAUAUUUUGGAUUACUUUGGAUCCUUGGAACUUCGACAAAAGAGUAAUCCUCAACAAUAUAUGCGAUCAAUAGCCGAUAAGUUCAAAAAGCAAUUGAAGAGAAUCCACGAGACUGGAACGCCUAGAAUAUUAAUAUUCGGGGUAGGACCACUCGGUUGCAUGCCGCGGCACAGAGCGAAGAACUCGACGAUCCACGAAUGCAACAAAGAUGCAAGCAUGUUUGCCUCUUUGUACAACGAAGCUUUAGUGAAGAUGCUGCAAGAACUCAAACAAGAGUUGCAAAGCUCAAUGACUUACUCUUACUUUGAUCUUUUCAAGUCCAUAAAUGACAUCAACUCCAACCCUGCCCGUUAUGGUUUAGCUGACUCAACAUCGGCGUGUUGUGGACGUGGGAAACUAAAUGCGGAUAUUCCUUGUGUGCUUCCGUUCGUGAGUUUUUGUUCGGACAGAACCAAAUAUCUCUUCUGGGAUUUCUACGGUCAUCCCACAGAAGCGGGUUCUCGUGUUAUCGUCGAUCUUAUGUUUGCUGAUGAUCCGCAUUACAUGUCUCCUCUAACUCUCUCUCAGUUGGUCUCUCCAUGAUCGAUACGGCGUUGUUUUUACAUGAAGACCUUAACUAGACAAAUGGAAUUUAAAGACCUUUUUUUUAAGGAAUGUGUGUUUUAUUUUAACUGUGUGGCAUGUUGUACUAAUUACUGCAGAACAAGAAAGUAUUUGGAGACUCUUGAUUGGAUAUGUACUCAAUUUAUUAGCAAUGGAAUAAGUUUUUAUUUAUUUUCAAAUUCUUUUUUUCUGUUUCUUUUAUUAAUUUAAGUGGUUAACUGC